AUGGCACUAAAUCUAUUUGAUCAAUUUAUAAGCCCCACACAUCUGGGUGUUCCCCUAAUUGCUAUUGCCCUUACCCUGCCUUGAAUCCUUGUGCCUUCUCCAACCAACCGCUACCAAAAUAACCGACUAAUCUCUCUCCAAAAUUGAUUCAUCAAAACUUUCACCCACCAGUUAUUAAUACCAUUAAAUCAAGGAGGACAUAAAUGAGCAAUAAUUUUAGCCUCCCUAAUAAUUUUUAUUCUUACUCUAAACAUACUAGGGCUUCUCCCCUACACCUUUACCCCUACAACACAACUAUCCCUAAAUAUAGGCUUGGCCGUUCCACUAUGACUAGCCACAGUUAUCAUUGGCCUGCGAAAUCAGCCAACAGUGGCCCUAGGCCAUCUCCUGCCAGAAGGCACCCCAAUCCUACUAAUCCCCGUACUAAUUAUUAUUGAAACCAUUAGCCUAUUUAUUCGCCCGCUCGCCUUAGGGGUCCGACUUACCGCCAACCUAACAGCCGGACACUUACUCAUCCAACUAAUCUCAACCGCAACCAUCACUCUAAUGCCUAUAAUAACGACCGUGGCAGCACUUACCGCUGUACUUCUAGUGCUCCUAACUCUCCUAGAAGUUGCAGUAGCUAUCAUCCAAGCCUAUGUUUUCGUACUUCUACUAAGCCUCUACCUACAAGAAAACGUCUAA